GUCGGGGCUCAGCAAUCAACCCAUUUGCAUUCUGUACACAUCUCUUAAUCGUCAUUGCGGACCUCCUGAACAGCGAUGGUCUCACGACUAGUAGUCAAAGCCUACUGGACCUUUGCCGCACUGGGAGGCAUAUAUGCUAUUAUAUUAGGCCUCCUAACUCAACCCCUAUUACAAAGACAUGCACUAUACGCCCACAAGAUCCACACAGGAACAUGGUGGAAUAACAUCUCAGAACCCGAAACGUUCGGCUUCGCAAAAAACCAAGUAACCCCAUUCUACCUCCCCACCCCGGACGGCGAACGUCUCUACUGCUGGCACAUCCUCCCCCUCAGCAUCUACGCCCAACACCAAGACACCAUCACCACCCAACCCGCCGGCCCGGUCGCCGACUUCACCACCACCACCGCCCACGCCCUCCUCCGCGCCGACCCAACCUCCCGCAUCGUCAUCAACUUCCACGGCAACGCCGGCCACCUCGCGCAGGGCCACCGCACCCAAACCUACGCCUCCAUCACCGCCCUGCCCGCCGCCCACCUCCUCACCUGCGACUACCGCGGCUUCGGCCUCAGCUCCGGCUCCCCCUCCGAGCAAGGCCUCAUCACCGACGCCCUCACCCUCACCUCCUUCGUCCUCCACACCCUCAACCACCCGCCCGCCCGCACCCUCAUCCUCGGCCAAUCCCUCGGCACCGCCGUCGCAUCCGCUACAUCCCUCUUCUACCUCGACCCCCACUCCCCACUCCUCCCCGCCUCCCUCUCAAACACCACCACAUCACCACCACCAACCCCCAUAUCAUUCGCAUCCACAAUCCUCGUCGCCCCCUUCCCCUCCCUCCCCGCCCUCCUCCUCAAAUACCGCAUCGCAGGCCUCAUCCCCGUCCUCGGGCCCCUAAAAGGCUACCCGAAACUCCUCGCCUACAUGACCGCCCGCAUCAUCGACCCCUGGCCCACGCUCCCCCGCUGGCAAGCAGCCUUCGCCACCGCACGCGCCCUCAACGUCCCGCUAAACCUGCACAUCUUGCACGCGCGCAACGACGCGGAUAUCCCGUUUGCACAGGGCGAGGCGCUGUUCGAGGGUGUAUCUGCGGUGAUGCGGGAUGGGGUUGGUAGUGGAGAGCAGAGUGUGCUUCGGGAGAUUCAUGAGCGGCGGUCGGAGGUUGGGGAUGCGGUGAGGCGGGGCGCGUGGGCGUAUCGGAGGUGCGUGGAUGGGGAAGGGGUGCGGGUGGGGGAUGAUGGGAUGGCGAAGGUGACGGCGCGCAGACGGGUUGAGUUGGAGAUUACGCGGUGGGGCGGACAUAAUCGGAUUGUUGCGGGGGCGCAGGUUGCGCUUGCUGUGCGGCGGGCGUUUGAGGAGGCGGCGUGA